AUGCUUGACGACGACGGUCAGGCUAACACUAAAAAACGUAGUAAGAAUACUCACUCAGCUUCAGAGAAAGCACCAAAAGACGCUUCAGAGAAAGCAAUAGAUAACGCUUCAGAGAAAGCACAAGAAGUCUUUUCAGACGAUGAAGUGCAUGAUCGGACUCAAGAUGAGUCGAACAUAAAUGAGGACGACAGAUUAAGCGUCCAUGCGGGAGAAGAUGAUCAAAUUGAUCAGGCUGAACUAGUUUUCGAUGAGCGUGAGGAGGAUGAAGAUCUUCUAGCGGUUAUCAAUGAGUCUUUAAACCCUUCCGAUGAAACUGGGGCCCCUGUUUCACAGCGCUUGGCCAAACUGGUGAAUGAAAAAUUCACACUUGAGUUUGAUUUUACAGAAACGUAAAUCUAUAAUGGAGAACUAUAGGACUCCUAAGAAUUGUGACCAAUUUCUUUCCCCCCGGGUAAACCCUGAGAUUUGGGGGAGAUUACAAAGUUCUGUCAAGAGAACAGAUAUCAAAUCAUCUGUGUUGCAAGAUAUCUUGCUAAGUGUAUCCUCUGCUAUAAUAAAUACAAUGGAGGCUUUGCUUGACAGCAGAGAAAAGAAAGCCUUGCCAAAUUAUAAGGCACUUUUGUCAAAUUUUACAGAUUCUAUUGCCCUCCUAGGGCAUGUGCACAGAGAGAUGUCGUUUAAUCGUAGAGAUGCUCUCCGGUCUCACCUAAAUCCUGAAUUUCGGCAAGCAUGCUCCCGGGUUGUUAAGCCCACAGGGUUCUUAUUUGGGGAUGAUCUAUCCAAGACCAUCCAAGACCAUCCAAGAUAUCCGAGCCACAAACAAAGUUGUUAAUACCGUGUCCCAGGGAACUCCUUACAAUCGUGAGUCAUUCCGCUUCCAGAGCCCCCAACCAUAUCAGACAACAGCCCGUAAACCUUUUUUAUGGCAAAGGGGGAGGGGGACAUACCCACACAGGAACAACUUCCGCCAAGGUUUUCGUCAACCACAGCCGUCCUCAGCCCCUCUCAAAAAGAAAUUCAUGAACAAAUCACGUUUUUAAAGACUCAGCCUCAGGUAAAUAGUUUUUCUGCUUUUAUGGAGGGCCCAUUUAAAUUAUAUGUUAUGUCAAGGGUGUCAACUUUCCAAGGGGGGCAGUUGUCUUCUCACUAUUCUGAAUGGGCAAAACUUACUUCAGAUAGCUCUAUCCUUGAAACUGUUUUGGGUGAGAAGACAGACUUUAUAGAUAUUCCAAUAGCCUCAUCGUACCCGCCAAAUAGCAUAUGUAAAGAACACUGCUCAUUAGCUGAUGCAAAAAUUAAAAGUUUACGAGAAAAAAGGGUAAUUAUCGAGUGUGCCCAUGAAGAAGGGGAAUUUGUCUCCCCAGUAUUCACUGUGCCUAAAAAUGAUGGAAGAGUCAGAUUGAUACUUAAUUUAAAAAGGUUAAACCAGUUUAUAACAAACUACCAUUUUAAAAUGGAAAGCAUUCAAACCAUCAUGAAAUUGGUAACUCAAAAUUGUUGGAUGGCCACACUUGACCUAAAGGAUGCUUAUUAUAGUGUUAAAGUGGACCCAGCUUAUCAAAAAUACCUAAAGUUCUUCUAUAGAGGCAAGUUGUAUAAAUACUUAGCACUUCCCAAUGGUUUGACUACAUGCCAUAGAAAAUUUACCAAACUUAUGAAACCACCACUGGCAAAAACUGAGAGCGAUGCAUCAUAUUAUUAGUGGGUAUAUUGAUGACUUCUACUUGCAGGGUCAUACAUAUGCCAGGUGUGCUAGAAAUGUUCUUGACACUGUUUGACAACCUAGGUUUAGUUAUUCAUCCUGAUAAGUCAGUUACCUCCCCAUCACAAGAAGUUAUUAUUCUGGGGUUUGUUAUAAAUUCCAUAACCAUGACUAUUAGAGUUACAAAUGCGAAGAAGGAAAGAAUCAAAACGUUUUUGAUAGCGGCUAUUGAAAAUCCCAUAGAUAUUUCUAUAAGGCAGGUAGCUAAGAUUAUUGGUUACCUAGUCUCCACCUUACCUGGAGUCCAGUAUGGAGCUCUGUACUACCGAUACCUUGAAAUGGACAAAGUAUCAGCUCUAAAAAUAUCAAAAGGUAAUUUUGAUGCCCCCAUGACUAUUUCUAAGGAUGGCCUUGUAGAGUUGAGAUGGUGGGUUAAUCAUAUAGACGAAAGUUUUAAUUAUCUUAUGAUUCCCCCAAUCGACAUUACAAUAUACUCUGAUGCAUCCUUACAAGGAUGGGGAGCAGUACUAGGUGAUACAUCUUCAGGGGGGAGGUGGUCACCUGAUGAAUGCACAAAUCACAUCAAUUAUCUUGAACUUCUGGCUGCAUUUUUUGCCCUAAAAUCGUUUUGCAGGGGUAAGCAUGUAAAACUCAUGAUAGAUAAUACAACAGCAGUAGCAGUAAUUAACAACAUGGGGUCUUGCCAUAGUCGUGCCUGUCACUCGGUUGGUUGCCAGAUCUGGCAAUUUUGUGUAGAAUAUAACAUUUGGCUUACCGCUGCUCACAUUCCUGGUGCUAAAAAUGUCUUAGCAGAUAAAGAAUCGCGCCAUUUUCAGAGUCAGGAUAAAGAAUGGAAACUUAAUCCACUGUCAUUAUAUGAUGCGCUCAAUAAUUUCAACCUGAGAUAGAUCUUUUUGCAUCACGCUUAAAUAAGCAGUUUUCUCUAUAUUGCUCUUACAGGCCAGACCCUGAAGCAAUGUUUGUUGAUGCAUUUUCUAUCUCAUGGGCUGACUCAAAGUUUUAUUGUUUCCCUCCGUUUAGUUGUUUGUUACAGGCCGUGAAGAAAAUAAUUCAGGAGCAUGCCCAGGGAAUUUUAGUUGUCCCAGACUGGCCCACCCAGCCUUGGUAUCCACUGUUGGCCCCGCUUCAUGUUCAACCUCCAGUGGUUCUGGAACCCAGUCGCACACUGCUGACCCUUUGUCACUCUCCGAAAAUAAUUCAUCCCCUUUGCAGAAAGCUGAAACUUUUAGUAUGUCAUGUCUCAGGCAACAAUUACUACGAGGCUACUCGUUAAGAUCCAUCGAAAUCAUUGAAUCAUCAUGGAGGGAUAGCACAAAAUCUCAAUACCAAGUGCAUCUACAAAAAUGGUUACAAUUUUGUAUGGAGAGGGAUUGUGAUAUCAUCUCCCCCAACUUACCACAGGCGUUAGAUUUUCUGUCAUCUCUGUUUGACUCGGGUUUAUCUUAUAGCUCACUAAAUUCGGUGAGGUGUGCUGUAUCUACUAUUCUGCAGCUAAGUGAUAGUGCAGUAACUUUUGGACAGUUACCUAUUGUCAAGCGUUUUAUGAAAGGUAUAUUCGAACUGCGUCCGGCACUCCCUCGUUACCAGACAACCUGGGAUGUCAGUAAAGUUUUAGAUUUUUUCCGAAAGCAGUCUAUGCCUUCAGCGUUGACUUUAAAAGACCUUACUGUUAAAGUUACCUUUUUGUUAUCUUUACUAAGUGGACAGCGCUGUCAAACAAUUCACGUUUUAACUGUCGAUAAUAUGAUUCUCAUGGCUGAUAAGUGCACUUUUCACGUCAGGGAGAAAGUAAAACAGACGCGUGUUGGAACCCAUGUGAAACCCCUCGAGUUUCUUUGCGUCGUUACGCAUCUCUUAGAGUAUGUCAAGAGAACUGCCUGUACUAGGAACGAUACAAAGCAAUUGCUAUUUAGUCACGUAAAACCAUAUGGACCUGUCUCCAAAGAUACAAUCUCUCGGUGGAUAAAAUCUGUUUUGUCAUCUGCGGGUUUAGAUGUUACCAAAUUUAAGAGCCACAGUGUUCGGGCAGCAUCUACAUCAUUUCUAGCGUUAAAUAACUGUAAUAUUAAGGAUAUUAUGUUAUCAGCAGGUUGGUCGAAUGAACAAACAUUUCAACGUUUUUAUAAUAAGCCGAGCGAGGAUAAAUUUAAUUUUGGCAACUCUGUCUUAGAGUGUUAUACAAACGCCAGUAGUUCAUAG